AUGGCUUUCUCUCCGAUCAAUUGCCUCAUUUUCGAUUUGGAUGACACAUUAUACCCUUUGAAAACCGGAAUAGCACCAGCUGUCAAGAAAAACAUCGACGAUUUUCUAAUGGAGAAGUUUGGAUUCUCUGAAAGUAAAGCUUCAAGUCUAAGAGUUGAACUCUUUAAGACUUAUGGAAGUACUCUCGCUGGUCUCAGGGCAUUAGGUCACGAUGUUCAUCCUGAUGAAUAUCACAGUGUCGUGCACGGAAGGUUGCCGUAUGGCUCGAUCCAACCUAACAACAAACUUCGAAACCUUCUGAACAAAAUUAAACAGAGAAAAAUCAUUUUUACAAAUUCGGACAGGAACCAUGCGAUGAAGGUUCUUAAGAUAUUGGGUUUAGAAGAUUGUUUUGAAGAGAUGAUAUGUUUCGAGACAAUGAACCCGCACUUAUUCGGGUCAACAACCCGACCCGAUGAGCAUCCCGUCGUUCUCAAGCCUUCGUUGACCGCAAUGGAUGUUUGCAUUCGUGUAGCCAACGUUGAUCCUCGCCGGGCGGUGUUUUUGGAUGAUAAUGUCCACAAUAUUACCGCGGGUAAAUCUGUCGGGCUUCGGACAAUCCUGGUGGGAAGAUCAGAAAAGACUAAAGAUGCGGAUUAUGCAGUGGAGAAUGUAACUGAGAUAGCUACGGCGGUGCCGGAUAUUUGGGGGACGGCUACGAGCGGAUGUGAUGACGGCGGUGAGAGGAUCAGACGCAGCAAGAGUGAGCUGGAAGGUAUGGCUUCAAUCACAGCCGUCGGUGCGUGA